AGCAACCGGUCACCACCACCAUCUACAUGUGUAAUUUAUCUCCCAGUGACAUUCCGACCAGCUGUGAGCCGUAAAGUUGGUGCAGUUCUGUGAUACAUUCUGCCAAGUUCACGCUGAUUUUCACCAAUUCACCAGUCAUGAUAAUAUCGCAGACUGUGAUCAAACCGAACAAGUAAGUCCCUCCGAAGGGAUUUGUGACAUUUCGAGCCCGAAAUCCGUCCCGGUUUCUGUUGGAAAGGAGAAAUUGUGGCACUAUGCGAGAGUAUAAAGUUGUCGUGUUGGGCAGCGGUGGGGUCGGGAAGAGCGCCCUAACCGUGCAGUUCGUCUCGGGCAACUUCGUGGAGAAAUACGACCCGACGAUCGAGGACUUCUACCGCAAGGCGAUUGAAGUGGAAAACACCAUGUCGAUUCUGGAGAUUUUGGACACUGCAGGCACGGAACAGUUCGCUUCCAUGCGGGAUCUUUACAUCCGAAAUGGCCAGGGUUUUGUCAUUGUCUACAGCGUCACAAACAAGCAAAGUUUUGGGGAUGUUGUAAAUUUACGAGAACAGAUUUUAAGGGUCAAGGGGUCAAGCCAAGUGCCCCUGGUCCUGGUGGGAAACAAGGCAGACUUGGAGAAGGAACGACAAGUCCCCACCACAGAGGGAAUGUUGCUAGCUAGUAAAUGGCAAAUCCCGUUCUACGAAACCUCCGCAAAAAGUACAAUGAACGUAAACGAGGUUUUCGCAGAGUGUGUGAUGGAGAUUAUGAGGCUACUGCAGACGGGAAAAAGGAAUAAAGAAAAGUUGUGUCGAGGGUGCAAUUUACUGUGAACGA